AUGCUGCUUCAAGAUGGCGCAGACGUCAACGCGACCGACAAGGAUUUGAACUCGCCUCUAUUGCUCGCCGUGCAGCACGGCCACGAGCAGGUCAUGCACCGCCUCUUUGCGGCCAACGCCGACGCGACCAAGCGCAACACGAUUCUUCCGGACGAGGUGAUUGGGAAAAUCAAGCUCAGCUCGGGCGGCCACAAGUGUCUCAUCGAGCACGGUCACUACCGCGGAGAGGGUGUCGCGGUCAAGUCCAUGCUCCAUCCCCGCGACACGCCCGCCAUCACUGCUGAAAUCACCGCGCUGGACGUGUGCAAGUCGCCAUACCUGCUGCAACUACGUGGUAUCACGGGCACAGAAGAACAUCCACUGAUGAUCACCGAGUACAUGUCGCUCGGCAAUCUGCGCGAUUUUCUGGACAAGAAACGGGAGGCGCAGGCCGUCCCAAGGGGCUUUACAGCUCAGCAAGUGCUGUGGGUCGUCGCCAACGCGCUCGCAGACCUCCAUGCCCACGGCUUUCUCCAUCGGGACUUGACGUCGCACAACGUCUUGCUCUGCAACACCAACUACAUCAAGGUCGCCAACCUCGGCGACGCCAACGCCAGUCUUAUGGACCGCCCCAUGUCGAUGCUCUCGUGGUGUGCACCUGAGGUGCUUUCUGGUGCAAGUGGCGCAACGGCCGCCGCAACGGCCGCCGCCGAUGUCUACUCGCUCGGUGUCAUCAUGACCGAGCUCGACACAUUCCAACUGCCGUACUGGGACUUGAACCUCGACAUGUGGGCGCUCACCGACAACAUUCGCAACGGCCGCGCCCCUGCGACAAUGACGUACUCGAUGAGCUUUCCGCUGCUCAAGGCCGACAAUGGCGGGCCGCAGUACGAACUCGUCGGGUUGAACGACGUGGAAUAG